AUGACUGGACGGCGCGGCGUGGGGCGACCACCCGCCAAGAAAACGGCUGCGGCUGCUACCGCUGUUAAGAGCACCACGAAAUUAAGCGUCCCACACGCCGACUCGCUUCCGUCUCUCACCCGAUCCGGGCAACGACGUGGACACCUCAACACCGGCGCCGCAGAGGGGACGAGGGAGACAAGAGCGGAGGUGGAGGAGGAGGAGGUGACACUGGUGUACCGCAAGCCCAGCACACGAAGCACACGUCCGCAGAGGGAAGCUGCUGGGGCUUUGCGUGACGACGCCGUCAGGGACGCUGCAUCGCACGGAGCCGUUGCCUCCUUUGCACCCUCCUACUCCUCCUCUACUUCCUCGCCGGAGACGAGCACCCUCGCAUUUAUGCAACGUGCCACCGGGCAGGUGAACCUCGCCCGCUACCUCGCUCACUGCGGUGUGGAGGAUGUACAGCUGCGCAGUGAGAGUGGAGAGGCGGUGUACGCGGUGACACAGGAUCAGGUCUUUCACUGCAGCAACGAUCGUCUCGAGACGGCCUUCCAGGCGCUGCGGAACAUCGAGUCACUACUCCUUACGCCGGCGGACACCAGCUCGGCAUCAGGCACGCCGUGGGUGGGACACGUCUGCUGGGUGAGGCCUGCGCAUCAGCAGGCGAUGGUGGCUCUGGCGCGUGUGUGCGAGGCUGCGGUGCCGCUGCAGCUCCCAUCGCUCGUGGACGCCUCUGUUUUAGCGAUUAUGGACGGAAAGGAGAGAAGCCGGAUGACGUGGAGGUUGUCGUUAGCGUUGGCAGAGGGACGGAGAACGCAUCGUUCCUCUAGGAUCUCGAAUGAUGCGUCCGAUAGCGCGGGCAGCGUUGUCGCCGAGAAAUCAGGCGCAGCGGGCACAGUAGCGGCAUUGUUCGCUGCGUCGUCGCAGCAGCCUACCUCCACCAGCGCUGCCGCCACAAAUGUUGAGCUCGUUCCGUCCCCUGUUCGCCUCUCUGACGUGCACCGGCGUCUGCGCCUGCUGCGACGUCUCCGUCAGCUGCGCAACGCCUACGGAACUCUACUUCCGCGUCUGCACAGCGCAGGCACGAAUACGGAGUUGUGUCGAUGCCUCUUUUCUCACGACGCAGACACCUGCCAGACACUGCGCCGGCUGCGCGAGCUGUGGAUGUCCGCAGGCGCCUCAACUGCGUUGCCGGAGCUCAGCGAUCCCUUUCCGAUGUCGAUACCACGUACGCGAGGCGGGGCGGCGGCUGGAAUCUCUUCGCGUGCGAAAGCCCUGUACGAUGUCCUCUCCUCCUUCCUCGGCAACCCAUUGCUCCUCGACACGCUGCUGCCCUUUGUUGGCAUCUCCGCACGGCACCCACACGAAGAGGCCCUCCUGCAGCACCUCGUGGCACAGUUGAAGGAGGACACGGCGGUGGACGCGGCGACAUGGGGACCGAUGGCGGCCAUGGCAUCGUGGCGGUGCACCGACGGCUUCUACGUGGUGCAGCACGCCGCUCGCGUGCGGGCGCUGCGCCGGGUGUUGGCCGCCGCGCAGUUCUACGGCCUUCCGCGCUUUUUGCGGUCUAUCCGUGCGACUGCAUCGAUGGCCGCUGCUGGAACAGCUGCCGCAACCUCAGUGCUUUCCGGCGGGGAGAGCAGCAACUGGAUGAAGCCGACGACUCUGCUUCGUGCGCAGGCCCGUGAGGCUGAUCAGUUCUUCCUCACGCCGGACCUGCUGGACCCGGCGUCCUUCACGCAGCCCGACUCGAUGCAGGUGCAGUUGGUGCAGGAAGAGUUGAUCACUCUGCAGCGCGCGCACGGUGCUUUUUGUCUCGUCGUGGGCGAAGCAGAUGAGAUCGUGACGUUGGUGCACGACCACCUCGCCUUCGCCGGGCGUAGGUGGCAGCACGUCGUCAAGAAGCACGAGGAGGAGGGCGGCGUGGUGAAGACGGAGCGUCCCGCCGAGGACGACGACGAGGAAGGCGACGGCAUCCACGCCCGUGCAAAUGCGCCAUCGUCGUCCUUCACCGCCAGAGAGACGCAGGCACGAUCCAGUCCGCGCGACCCUCUGUACGGCUACGUCUUGCGCACGGUGGACGCCGCGCACCGCCACGCACUGGAGAAGGCACAGCCACCGCACCAAUCCGCCUCUUCAGCCACGGCUGUGACGCACGCCGUUCCCCUCCCCUUUAGUCACGUGCAGUGGGUGGAAGGCGGCAGCACGAACCAGUGGUCGCCCAGCACACACUACUAUGGUCUGGUGUACAUGGUGGUACUCGAGACCGAUGAGCAGGAGACGGAGGAGGGGUCGCUGGUGACUGAGGGACUGCUGCCGGAGACGGCGAUUUCGAUCACGGAAGGGGACGGCGCGGCGACGCUGCGGCCGCCGCGGUCGCCGACGUAUUGCCUGAACGCAAUGCUCGAGCUGUGGCGCAGCUAG